AUGGCGUCGACUGACGAUGUUCAAAACUCACCUAAGAACAACGAAAUUUCUUCUGAAGAUGAGGUUUUAUCAGUUCUCAAAAGUAAAGUCAAAAAGAAGGCUAAUAAAAGAAAGAGACCUCCAAGAAAAACUUAUGUCGAUCAUGAAGAAAAACAACUUAUGCCGCAAAUGUUUGUCCAUGUACAGGUCGAAGAAAUAGGCGAAGGUCCCUUGGAUUUUAGUGGGUACCGCAAGGAAAAUGUCUCCACAACAUCAAACACAAGACUGGAAAAACGGAGGAAAAGACAGCCUAAUCAAACUAAGAGAAAGAGAAUAUUUGAAUGCCCUCAAUGUGAUGCUUUAUUUGAACAUAAUACACAACUUAAAAAUCAUGCCAAAGAACAUCAAGUAGUUACAAGACAUAAAUGUGAGCCAUGCGGACGAUAUUUCAACAAGGCAUUCAGUUUGCGGUUGCACAGUCGAGUUCAUAUGGAGAAGAUGGAAAUAUGUCCAAUUUGUGGAACAGCAUACUCGCUAAAAAUAAAUAUGCUCCGACACCUGAGUACACACGAACCUACGGAGCCGUGCCCUAGGUGUCCAUUAAAGUUCCAGACACAGGAACUGCUUGAUGCUCACUUGGCCGCGCACGACUUACCGGAAAACGCCGAUGGCAAAAUGGUGAAUACCAUAAAGGUCGAGGAGAAACCGAAGCCAAAGGCGAAACCGCCUCCCGUGAUCCUUUCACCGGCCAUGACCCACGUCAAGGUCGAGGUCGAAUCGGAGAACGACAACAGCGACAGCCAGGGCCUGACCAACCACUUCGAGGGCUACCUGAAACGUGAGGACCUUAACCACGCGACGCAGUGCGCGAUUGUCAGCAAAAUGCACAAGGGCCGCUCGGUGCCCGACAUAUGCCGCCUGUACAGCCUCACGCCCGAAGUGGUCAACGAAAUAUGGGAGGACCGCGACAAGUACGCCCUGCCGAAGAAGGCCGGUAAGAAGUAUAUGAACAGCGUGCUGGACGCGAGGAUAGUGGAGUGGUUCCACAGCCAACGGGCGAACCACGUGCAGGUGUCCGGCAAGAUGCUGCAGGAUGUGGCCGAGUCGUUCGCGAAGGAGAGCGGCUUCGUGGCGUUCAACGGCAGCAAGAAGUGGCUCGACCGCUUCAAGGCCAAGUACAAGAUCUCGCUCAGGGGCACGCCACCUAAAAGGGACUACAGCAAUAUCGCCUUCGGGUGCAAGUGGAAGAAUCUCUUCUUCAAGGAGACCUGGUGCGACGUCCGCCUGGGGAUCGCCGACGACGACAUAUACACGGCGGACGAGGUGGGCUUUUACUAUAAUCCGUCCAAGGGCCGGAUAAAGAAGAUGUCCGGGAAGAAGUUCAUCCAGGGCUACGUGAAGGACCGCCUCUCGAUAUUUGUGUGUGCUAACGUGACCGGCAGGGACAAGAAGCAGUUGGUCGUGUGUGGCACCGAGGAUCCUUUGGUGCAUUCUCAUAGGAAUCCCGAUACGCUGCCGGUUACGUACAUAAGGCACGCGCAGGCGCACUUCACAACGCAAAUGUUCGAGGAGUACGUAAAGUAUUGGAACAGGGAGUUGCAGUUGCACAACAGAAAGGCGAUACUAAUACUGGACAGAGCGACGAUACACUCUAAGCUAGUUCUGUCAAACUUGAAAUUGGUCUUCGUACCGUGGAAAGCGUCAUCCGGCCUGAUACCGGUGAGGAAUGGCAUAUUCGGCAGGCUCCGCGACGAGUUCCGCCGGCUGUUCCUGAUGGAGAAGGCUAUGAACGCAGUCAGGGGGGUGGACAGGAACAUGACGUGCUUGGAGGCGCUGAAUAUGUUGGAGAAGGCGUGGGAACGGUUGCCUGCACACGUUAUAAACGGCAGCUUCGUGUCCACUGGGUACGACGUGCAGAAAAUUGAGGAGGCGCCUAAUAGGCCCAGGUUUCUGGAGGACGAGGAGGGGCUGCUGUGCAAGUUCCUAAAGGAUUACGACGUGGAGCCGUAUUACACGGACCUGUCGAACCUCGAUAUGUACCUGACGGUCGACGAAGAGCUCCUAACCGGCCAGGGCACUAACGGAUCGGUCUUCGGCGGCAACCACAAGGUGGUCGACAACGCAGCCCGCGAGAAAGAGAAGGACGAGCUACUACCAAUAGGCACGGAGAAACCGAAGUCCGGCGAGUCUGAGAGGAUGAUCAGCAAAACCCGAGCGUUAGAGGACUUGGAAAUUGUUAGGAGGUUCUUGCAAACAACAGACACCCCAUUCGCGGCAUAUACCGAUUUCAUGACCAUAGAAACAUUCCUACUAAGAAAUCCUUUUAAUGAAGAAUCU